GUAACGAAGCUGCUAAUUCAUUUCUCCGUAUAUCAUAUUUAGAGCGCCAAUUGACGCUUCUCUCAAUAGAAUUUUGAAGGUUCUCCCUUCCAUUACGAGUUGAACAACGUUGUGUUCAUCAAAUUUGGUAUAAUUUGGUGAAUUUGUUGAUUCUUCGUGCAAUAGUUGAAAAUUGGCUGGUAAUGAUAUGCAAUGCAUUAGAAUUGGUGGUUGUUCAAAUGGAUAUUCCUUCUACAUCUGCGCAGCACCUUGAAUGGCUGAAUCUCAAAGAGUUGGUCUGUCCGAGAAGGAUAUCGAGCAGGCCAUUACAGCCCUCAAGAAAGGUGCAUAUUUGCUAAAGUAUGGACGCAGAGGAAAGCCAAAGUUCUGUCCAUUCAAACUUUCAAAUGAUGAAGCUAUGUUGAUAUGGUACUCAGGCAAAGCAGAAAAACAUCUUAAACUGAGUCAAGUUUCAAGGAUUAGUCCAGGACAGCGCACUGCAAUAUUUCAGCGUUAUCCUCGGCCUGAAAAAGAGUAUCAAUCAUUUUCUCUGAUAUGCAGUGAUCGGUCCUUGGAUUUGAUUUGUAAAGACAAGGAUGAAGCUGAAGUCUGGUUUGUUGGUCUUCAGGCAUUGAUUACUCGUGUUAGCAACCUUAAGUGGAAAAAUGAACCAAGACAUAAUUCUACAUCUUCCGAUAGUCCACAUGCUCGUACUGGAAAAAAUUCUCCAUCAGUUGCACCACUGGUGCAUAUCUAUGCUGAUCUCGGAGAUACUAAAGGAAUACAAGUGCCUUUGGAGAAUGGUUCACAGAGUGGACUGGCGAAGGCAUUUUCUGAGAUAAUAUCAUAUACUGCAACACCCAAAAGUUUCAGUCAAGCAGAAUCAGUUGCCUCCCCUCUGGGGUCAUUAGCAACUACAAACAUGGAUAAUUCAAAUGAUCGAAGUUCUGCUGCUGAGACAGUUCGAAUCAGUCUAUCUAGUGCUGUAAGCUCAUCAAGCCAUGGUUCUUGUCAUGAAGACUUUGAUUCCUUAGGUGAUGUUUUCAUUUGGGGAGAAGGUGUUGGCAUUGGAGUUUUGGCUGCUGAUGCGCAUCAAGUUGGGAACUCUUAUAGCCUUCAGAUGGAUGCACUUCUGCCUAAGGCAUUGGAAUCAACUGUAGUUUUGGAUGUUCAUAGUAUUGCUUGUGGUAGGAAACAUGCAGUGUUAGUUACUAAACAGGGAGAGAUCUUUAGUUGGGGGGAGGAAAUAGGAGGCAGGCUUGGGCAUGGUAUGGAAAUAGAUGUUCCCUACCCAAAGCUCAUUGAAACCCUCAGUGGCAUGAACAUUGAAUCAGUAGCAUGUGGAGAAUAUCACACUUGUGCCAUAACACGCUCUGGGGAUCUUUACACAUGGGGUGAUGGUACUCAUCAGUGUGGUCUGCUUGGACAUGGAAGUGAAGUCAGUCACUGGAUCCCUAAAAGGGUCUGUGGGCAAAUGGACAGUAAGCAUGUAUCUUAUAUCUCUUGUGGUCUUUGGCACACAGCUGUUGUGACAUCUACUGGCCAGUUGUUUACUUUUGGAGAUGGGUCUUUUGGUGCUCUUGGACAUGGAGAUCGUAGUAGCACAAGUAUUCCACGUGAAGUGGAAACGUUGAUUGGAAUGCGAACAAUGAGAGUUUCUUGUGGUGUUUGGCACACUGCUGCAGUCAUUGAAGUAGUUACUGAAUCUUCUAGUUUUUCACCUUCAAGUAGCACUUCAUCUAGUAAGCUGUUCACCUGGGGGGAUGGAGAUAAUGGCCGACUUGGACAUGGUGAUAAAGAACCGAGGCUCAUUCCCAACUGUGUAGCUUCAUUGGUGGAUGAAAAUAUAAGUCGAGUAGCAUGUGGGCAUAAUCUCACAGUUGCUCUUACAACCUCAGGACAUGUAUAUACAAUGGGGAGUAUUGCUUAUGGACAGCUGGGGAUUCCUACAGUUGAUGGACUGGUUCCUACUCGGGUUGAAGGUAAAAUAGCCAAAUGUUCUGUGGAAGAGAUUGCCUGUGGUUCUUAUCAUGUUGCGGCCUUGACUUCUUCAUCAGAGGUUUACACUUGGGGUAAGGGUACUAAUGGGCAAUUGGGCCAUGGUGACAAAGAUAACAGAAAUUCACCUACGCUGGUGGAUUUUCUGAAAGAUAAGCAAAUCAAGAGUCUAGUAUGUGGUUCCAACUUUACUGCUAUUAUAUGUCUUCAUAAAUGGGUAUCUAGUGCUGACCACUCUCUAUGCUCCAGUUGCCGUAAUCCAUUUGGUUUCAGAAGAAAACGUCACAAUUGUUACAACUGUGGUUUAGUGUUUUGCAAAGCGUGCAGCAGUAGGAAAUCCCUGAAAGCUGCUUUGGCUCCAAACAUGAACAAGCCCUAUCGGGUUUGUGAUGAUUGUUUUAAUAAACUUAAAAAUGUCUUGGAAUCCAACUCUGUCAUGCGAAAUCUGAAAGUCAGAAAUGGAAACAUGCAUCACAAAACCAUUGAGGCAGCUGAUAGAGAGAAUCAAGGUGCCAGAUUGCAGGGACAACUUUCUAGACUCUCAUCUGCUGACUCAAUCAAACAGAUUGAAAUCAGGCAUUCCAAGCACAAUUCCAGAAUUGAAUUCCAUGACAGCCAGAUUUCACCAGUUUUUAGUGGAAAUUUUCACUCAAAGAAAAGCUUAUCUCCGCCUAUUACUGGCUCCAGAAUGACCUCUCGAACAACGUCUCCCAUUUCAGGAAAGUCUAGUCCACCUCGAUUUUCUGAAGUGACUAUUGAUGAUUCAAAGCAUACAAAUGACAAUCUAACCCAAGAAAUCAGAAAAUUAAAGUCACAGUUAGAAGCGGCUACUUCCAAAUCCCAGCAUCUUGAAGCUGAACUUGAAAGAACAUCCAAGAAAUUAAAGAUGGUCACUGCAAUGGCGGCAGAUGAAGUUGAAAAAUGCAAGUCUGCAAAGGAAGUUAUUAAGUCCUUAACUGCUCAGUUGAAAGAGAUGGCUGAAAGAAACCCAGAAGAAAGUACUACCAGCCUCACUUCAGGUUUGCUUGCAAAACACAUCUCUAGUGUUCAAAGCAUGCUUCCCAAAGAAAGCACCAAAGCGAUCACAAAAUCUCCUGAAGGUGAGUCCAACACCAGUUCUGUAAGCCAAACCUUAUCUCACAGAACCAAGGCAAAAACUGAGAAGGCAGAGUGGGUGGUGCAAGAUGAAACAGGGGUGUACAUAACUUUGUCUUCCAUAUCAGGUGGUGGUACCGAACUCAAGCGUGUUCGCUUCAGUCGCAAGCAUUUCACAGAACAAGAAGCAGAGAAGUGGUGGGUUGAAAAUUCAGCCAAAGUAUGCGAACGGUACAGAGUCCAAAAUUCAGAUUGAUGACUUUUACGAUCAUAGACGAUCAGCUUCUUCUCCACUUGAAGUUGUCAAUAUUUUACCGGUUAUUUAAUGGAAUUUCUGCGAAGGAUAGCGGGCCACAAAUUGGUCGGUAGAUUUGAGACAUAAAGAAAGGUUAGAAUGUAGGAUAAACAUACAAGAAAAAGAUAAAUGGAAAUGCAUUUUG